AUGGAGUGCGUUGUGUUACCAGUCGACAUAGAAGCCAGUUCGACCGAUUGCGAGAACAUUGCCGGAGGAGCAAAAGAGGCAACAUUGACGCAAAUCGAAGAGGAUGACACCUGGGACAAGGACCCUGAGAAUCUCCUGAACUGGGCCCCGAGAACCAAGUUAAUACAAAUUGCUAUGCUCUCAUCUGCCACAUUCCUUGGCUCUGUCGCCACAACCAUUGUCAGUCCGUCCGUGGUCUAUGUGAUGGUGGAAUUCUCGGUUUCUCGAACUGUCGCCAUUCUUUGCCUUGCACUCUACGUCUUAGCACUUGCAUUUGAUCCUGUCAUCGGCGUUCUAUUUACGAUCGGUGCCUCUCAGGCCACCAACUUUGCUACACUUUGUGUCUUAAGACUUUUCUCCGGCUUCUACUGGGGUCCUACCCUAGCUGUCACAGCGGGUUCGAUCAUUGAGGUAUUUCGAGCUGAGGCAAGAGGGCCCGUAAGCGCAAUAAUUGUGCUGAUGGUUUUCCUUGGCCCUGGACUAGGGCCCGUAAUAGGAGCGUUUGCUGUUAGUCGACAUGGAGACCUUCCACCCUUUGCUUCGAAAAGAUUCGCCAAGAGCCGGGGUGAUCCUGUCCCCUCCUCCCAGCCACUCUCAGUGCGUCUCAGGGAAUUUGCCCUUGUCGCUGUCAUCCGACCUGUUCGAAUGCUGGUCCUCGAACCUAUUGUUACUUUCAUCUGUCUCUAUGUUGCUCUUGGCUUCGGCACCCUGUUCAGCUUCUUCGCAGCAGUGCCGUAUACUUUCGCAUCUGUCUAUAGGUUUGAUGUUGAGCAAUGUGGUCUUGUCUUUCUUUCUGUGGUGAUGAAAGUCAACCAGUUUCCGCCCAACAAGGUACCUCCUGAGCACCGCCUCUAUGCUGCCAUGGUUGGCAGCUUAGUAUUGCCGAUCGGAUUGUUCUGGUUCGGGUGGUCGGCACGGGCUGGCGUGUCAUGGGCCAGCCCUGCAGCGGCCAUAUCAUUCUUUGCUUGGGGGAACAUCUCCAUCUUCAUCACCACAUUUCAGUAUAAGACUGACACAUACACUGGAAACGUAAUUGCCAGCGCGGCCAGCGCCAACAGUUUGGCUCGGUAUGGAUUUGCCGCAGCUUUCCCACUCUUCACCGUCCAAAUGUACCAAAAGCUGGGCAUCCCUUGGGCUAGUAGCCUUUUGGGAUUCUUCUCCCUUGUGCUAUUGCCUGUUCCCUGGGUACUGUUCAAAUAUGGGCCACGCAUCAGGGCAAAGAGCCAGUACGAGACUAUCCAAUACAGCUAA